AUGACCAAAUCUCCUUCUCCAAACUCAGAGAUCACCUUGCUACUCCGUCCCCACGUCGUCAAGCGAGAGUCCUCCGCCCUCGAACAGAACUCUUCGAUCCCCGUCGCAACUCCGUCGUCAGCCACUCGACAAACCGCCGCCCUUCUUCUGCGUUUGAGGGACCGCGUAGUUGACUCUGCUGACGAUGAUGAAUAUCUGGAGCCGGAAGAGGACGUCCCAAUGGAGGACGAACUGGAGCAGGACGAAUUGAGUGCAGAAGAUGAACAGGAAAACCCGGUAGAACCGGAAUCAAACGAGUUUCCCGGGAUCGAAGACCUGGGUUCGAGGCUAGCACAGUCUCGAAUUGUGACCAAUCCUGUUCCUCCCGCUACUCCCGCGCGGCAAUCCAGCGACGAGCUGCAAGAAGUGGGGUAUCUCACUCCGUAUGUCGCCUCCGCCAAGAGCAAGAAAGUCGCUGUUGGCGAUCGUGUGGAGAUUUCGCCCUCUUCGGUGACGGUCAGCAAUGGGACUGUAACCGUGUCUCACGGUUCGACCGUCACUCGCUUCCAUGACGUACGGGUUCGAGCGUCUCCUCACCUGUCCAGGGGUCAAUUGGCUCUGUGGACCGGUAUGCUGGCUCUGCUAAAAGAUCCAGACCUCGUGCUAGCAGAAGUGGAUGUCGAAGAUCGCUGUGAUGGGUGUCGCAACAUCCAGACCAAGUUCCUCCCCCCCACCGUGAAGAAGAUGUCGUGUAUGGCCCCCUUAUUCGUCGCCCCGGACGAUUCGAUCCAUAUUGGUGGCAAAUGUUACUAUUGCCAACUAACCGCUCGUCCCUGUUCCCUCGCUUCGUCCGGCAAACAUGGCUCCCGGUCAGCGCCGAAAAUCACCUAUCCGUUCCAUCGGUCCAUGUUUCGGGGGUUCCAAGUUCUUGGGGGGAUCCUAGUGUCAAUGGUAGACGAUGGGAAUACCUCCCUUUCUCAGCUGGGGGUGACGGGUUUGAAGGAAUUAACUAGAAUGGCUAAGGACCUUGAUCGCUCCAAAAUGGUGCCGGGAAUGUUCGAAGAAGCGGACGACGUCCUCGCUGUGUCCAAGAAGAGACUUCCCAUCCCUCGUUAUCAUUGGAGGUAUCGUCCUGUCCGGCAUCCGUCCGACUCCGAGUACACUGAUGAGGACCGCCCCUCUAAUCCUUCGGACGUCGAAUCAGACGAUGUGUUCGUCGAACAUGACCGUUCGACUAAGGGAAAAGGGAAGGAGAAAGCUGCUGUCCGGCCACAGAAGGGAAAGAAGGGUAAGGCUGUGGAAAGGAAGCGAAAACGCGCGGUGGAGGAUGAGGAGGAAGAGCAAGAAGAGGUCCAACGGGUUUUGCGUCCUCGAAGGUCGAAGGCUAUCCUUCGAUCGUCCUUGGUAACGCCGCCCAUCGACGAAGGAGAGGAAGAGUGGGAACCCGACUUCGAGACUUCCGGCGAUGAAGAUGAAGAGCACGCGGGUCCGUCGACUAGGGAGGCGAGGAAGAGUAGGUUGGAAAGGAGCAAGAGGGGGACAGGACGUAGGUGA